AGCUUUUAAGAGUAUGGCUUUGUUACGCAGCCCAUAUGAGACUCUGUCUUUAGAGAGAACAGCUACUAAGGAGGAAAUACGGCGAGCUUAUAGGCGAGAAGCAUUAGCAAAUCAUCCAGAUAAAGUGCCAGCAGAACGCCGUGCAGCAGCAGAACAUCGAUUUAAAGAAGUAAAAGAGGCAUAUGAAGUGCUAUAUGAUGACAAUAAACGACGUCUUUUCGACAUGUAUGGUUUAGCAUGUGCACCACCCGAAACAGUACAGGAAAGGUCGGUGAAUGUUCAUAUGAAUGAUUUAGGUGCAGAUUGGUUUAUGUCUGCACAUGAACAAUUUAUUCAACAUAUGUUUCCUCAACAAACGAUGCAAUCUUUUUUUAGCCAAUUUCAUGCAUUUCCAAGGUUUUCUCGGAAUAUUUCCACAAGCAUCUUUGAUGAUAUUUCUUUUAUGAAUCGAUAUAUGGAUCCCUUUGAUUUUUUUGAUGAAAUAUUUGCUGAUCCCUGGUUUCGGCGUUAA